AUGCCGUACCAGAAACGAUCCCUAACAAAGUCUACCGCAGACGAUGUCGCACCAGUGGCUCCUCUUGGCGGAGGUGAAGCGUCGUUGGGAAAUGAGUUGGAGUUGGAUGUGAACGCAGACGCAAUCGACGAACCCGAACUGUUGGAGGAAGAUGGUCUUAUAGAAGGUGCAGAAGAAGUUGAACUAGAAUAUGUUGAUGAUAAUGGCAUUCCUGUACCGGAGAUGGCGGAGGAGGUCGUCAUGGAAGGAGAUUAUGUGGAAGAGUAUAUUGAAGAGCCAAUGCAAGAAGAUGAUAUGGCAGAAUCUCUUGUGGCUUUGUCUCGAAGUGGCGAGUAUCGUGAUAAAGGUGGCACUGAAUAUGUUGUUGACAACUUAGAGAGGCGAAGGCAACCACGCAUUCUUAGACGGUUUACCACUCAACAUCAGUUUGCUGAUCAGGGUUAUGUUGAAUCAAGGCAUAUCUUGCUUGAUGAAUAUCAGCCUGUUGCAUCGGCCGGACGGGACACAAGGUUUACUCCUAAGUAUCCGGUUGCUGUUGCAAGGAGAGCAAUGCACAGCGCACGGAUUCCGUUCGCCAGAAGUGACUGGAGAGAAGAUCAGUGCAAAAAGCUUUUGGUAUGUGAUGUGUUCGAGUCGUUGCCGGAGCACAAGCAAGAGGUGUUUAAGAAGCUUAUGGAGAUCAUGGGAACCAGCGUACCAGGGUAUCGUUCCCCAUCUAAACGAAAGUAUCCGGAGAACUCUCCGGAGAAAGGUAAUGUAUCUCGUCUUCAGGGCUUCUAUGCUGACACUGACGCUGAUUCAAUCAGUGCUCGCCAUGCACAGAAAAGUUCAAGAUUAUCAAGCUAUGUUGGGGGUCGCCUUACUGAUGCGCCGAGGUUUGUUGUCACAAGCCCAACGUCACGAUCUACCCGAGUGCUAGCCAUGAUUCCGUUUGAGGAAAAGGUCAAUGCGGAGAAUGCGGAUCGCGUCGAUAAUGCUGAUAUGCCCGAGUUGAUACAGAACGAUGUCCACGAGCAAGAACGGUCUGUGGAAAACGAUGUAGAUGAGGGUGGAGAUGUGGACAUCGAAACAUAUGAAGAGGACACCUCACGCGAACAACGUAAAGGGAACUUAUGGCUUGACAGUAAAGGGCGUGUCGUUGACGUUGUUCCCGGUCGUGGUGUGGGUUACCCCGGAAUGCGAGAAGAAACUUUCGGAUGUCCCGAACUACGUGUUCUCUCCCACAAUAAGGACGGACAGGACGAACGCUUUUGUCCAUCAUGUAAAAUGACCAUGAAGAGAUCCAUUUACUACCAUCAUGGACGCCUGAUUCGAAAAUAUGGCCGUUGUGACAUAUUCACUCCGAAACGUUUUCCAUGUGGAUCUCCUGGAUGCCAUGAAAGGUUAGGAACUCUCGAAAGACUAUGUGAGCACAUGUUUCAAGUCCACAGAGCUCCAACAGACAUCAAACGGAAGGUGUUUGAAAAUGAAGCUCAGUUCGAAGAAUUUUUGCGUGAACUGGAGAGCCGUGGUGGCAACUUCCGGAUGUCCAGGGGCAACAAGACUAUCAAAGAGGGGAUUGUUCAAUAUUUCCGUUGUAAUAGAAUAUUCUCUAUCGCAAAGGAUAAGGCGCUGCGUAUUGUUGAUGAUAUAAAUGCAGGCACAUACGAGGCCAUCAAAGACAUAACUCAACCGAUGGAUCCCUUUGGAAAGGAAACGAGCACAAAGCCAUACCUUCGUACUGAAGAAGCCUGCACGGCGUUUUUCAGGAAAACAUAUCUGAAUGAUGGUACUAUAGAAGUUCGCUAUUGUGACUAUCACCUUCAUGGGGAUGAGAGGCUUCGUCUCCCUACCGCAAUUCGUAAUCGCAUCUAUGAGAUGACUAAGAAGAGGCUACCAUUGCCUGUGAUCGUUAUGGUUCUUCAGAGAGAGUGUCAUAGGUUCUGCAUGCCUGGGACAGCGUUGGAACGGCGAAUCAUGGCUGUAACUCCACGAGAAGUCCAGUUGGUGGCUCAAUCAGUCCAGAGGCGGCUUGAUUCUGCUUCAAGACGAAAAAGGAUAAAUGAAAUUUCUGGAAAUGGACGAAACGCAAAUGGAGGAGAGCGAAACGAGGGUGAACAUGCGCAGGAUCGGGAAGAUCAUGAGGCGGCUGUGAAUCUUCUUGAGCCAGCUGAAGCUGAUGACAGUCAUGAGAAUCUGUUAGAAAUGCAAGAAGAUGGCGGUGGAAUUCAAGAAUCUGCUCUCGAUUUCUCAUCAGAGGGUCGAGGCGAAGGAGGAGAGCUGACGGAGUUGGAGUUGGCGAUGCUGGAGGAGUACGAGCAAAAUCGGGGUGUUAUCCUUACAGAUUUCCAGAGUAUAAAGCGCGAAGAGAAUAGGAAAAGAUUGUGCCGAGAACGCGUGCGAGCUAAGAUUUAUACGCUGGGUCGCGCAAUGAGGAAUAUUCAAUUCUCUGAUUUUGAGUGUGACCUUCUUAUCCGAUCUGAGCAAAUGUUAGAAAGCAUUGUGGAGUUGUGGAAUGCACGAAUGGAAGCAGCAUGUAAAGGAAAUCAGGACAAAGAGCUACUUCAGCUGCCUAAGCAUGAAUUGGUUUCUGAUAAACAUGGAUCAGCACCCCAUAAGGAUGGCAGUAAGGAAGCUGCAACUUCUUCACAGGGAAGGGGUUCCGCCGAAGUGGUAAUGGUAACGGACAGCUCUGCUGUUGCUGCCUCAUCUGAACCGACCGAUGCUGAAAAUUCGACUAGAUCAGAGAAACAUCUGGAGCCCGUCGAAGGUGAUGCUGCGUCUGAAACCACACCAUCAGCAGCUCCAGCGAGUGCGAAAACUAUGAGGUCAUCACGGGUCAGGACUCGACGUGUUAUUCGCUCAGAGAAACAGAUAAAAGAAGAGUACCCUUCCCAUUCGCCUACACCCUCGUCAUCGCCUCCAGCACAGCUUGCAGUGUCCAGACUAGGACGUGUGAUUAAGCGUAAGAAGAUAUUGGAUGUAUGA